AAACUCAUGAAUAUCAACCCAGACGAAAGAACGAAGAAUAUCGUAAUCAGCUGACCGUAGUAAUUCGUGAUUUUUUCCAUGAUAUACCAGUUUUUCCAAGUACGAGUGGAAAGAUUAAGCAAGAACGAUUGCACAUUAUUGUUGAUUUUGUGGAUGAAAUUGCUGAUCUAUUUAUAUUUAUUAAUGAUGAAGAUUACUAUGAUAAAGUGGAACGUAAAAUUGAAGAAUGUUUAGGAAACCUGCCUAUGUGGGAACCAAAAUGUUAUAAGGACAAACUCGCAUUUAAAAACUAUCUAGAAGACAGAUUGUUCACAUUAAUAAAGACAUUUAAUAAAAAAUGGCAUAGUUUUGAAGUAAAAAGUAAUAGGAAUAUGGAAAAAGAAAUAAUUAAUUGGGCACAGAAUUAUCUCGAAAAUACCACUGAUAAGGGUGACGUAAUUAAAAAACUAAUAAAGGAAAUAAAACGAAUACUAAAAUCCAGGAUCAACGAGAAACAUAUUAGGAAAGAAGAAACUGUCAAUAUCUUAGAAGAACUAUCACCUUACUUGCAAUCGCCUCAUGACAAAGAUGUUAAUAUAUUAGCUGAUGAUUUAGCAAAACUUUUAAAUGACUCUGAGGAAAAAUAUGAAAUUAGCGAUGAAUACAAAUGUACAAGAGAUACAUCUCUGAAUGAUUAUCACUUAGGAGAAAAGGCGGAAGAUGAAAUUAUCAGUGAAAUCACUAAUAUUUUGUUCAGCUAUGACGAUUUAGGUUCCCAUAACAAGCAACCUAAUGUUGAUAAAGAAAUACGGCGAAUUCUCAAAUUAUCAGGAGGAUUUUCAGAUUCUGAAUCAUCAAGUUUGGCCAAAACUUUGGUUGCAAAUGUAAAAGGUUGUUUUGAUGAAGAUCUUUAUACAAAAAAUUGUGGACGUAGUUUUUCCAGCCCAUUUCUGGUAUUAACAUCAGAGCAAGAUUUAUCAGAAAUCAGUAAUCCUCCAUUUCACUCAACUCCUAAAAAAUAUGUACGAAGAAAAGAAAUUACGACACUCAACAAAGCAGAAAAAGUUUUCAUUGAUAAAGUAUCAGCACUCAUUAGAACAUGGCUUGAUACUACAGACGUAACUUUUGAGACUAUGGAAGAGCAGGCGUUUAAAGAAACUAUUGUUGACGAUAUGGCGAAUGACGUUCAUAGUAUUGUAAAACAAAUUGUGCAAUUACAAGUACCCGAUGGACCGAGAAUAAAUGAAGCAGCAAUAAAUAGCAUAAUACUAAAAGGAAUACGAAAAUAUGAACUAUUUGCACAACCUAUGAGUCGAGAGUCACCGCAAGUCGUAGAUCUUCGACGACGCAUUAUGGCUUUAGAUACUGAUGUUAUAUUAGAUAAAUCUGAAUUUUUGGAACCGCAGCACGGCAACAGACAAGCUAUGGCAAAUAUAAAGUACAGAAAUAUUAAAAACAUAAAAAACGAACCAGAUCCCAUUUACCGACCUAAUACAUUGGAUAUACUUGAAGAUAAUAUAUCUGUUUAGAUGACUGAACAACCGUCUGACAUAUAUAAACCUUGUGAUAAACCGACAAAAAACAAACUUAUGCGAGAAGUUGCUACUAAUUUACAAGAAAAAAUUAUAAAGAGAAGUUCUGAUGAUGAAAUAAAAAAUGAAUUAAAGCAAUGGCUAAAUAAAAUAGUAAUACCACAAGUGAAAAGAAAUGUUGAUGGGUUAGCAGAAAAUCUGAAAGAUAGGAUUGUAAAGCUACCACACGAUGAGACACUGGACAGAGUUUACCAGAAAAGGAUUGAUGUACGGAAUGAAAAUAUUGAGACUGAAGACAAACUAAACGAGUUUAUUGACAAAUAUAUACGCCGAUACAAUAUAAACGAUGAUGUUGUAAAUGGCGUUUUAAAAUUAAUGUUAUAUAGAGAGUUAUACAAAUUGAGUCCA